AUGUAUCUACUCGACGACUCCGUAUUCGCUCGUGAAGGUUGCGUAUUUCUCUCACAAACAGAUAUUGAUCUAACGGGAGUGUACAUUUGCUUUCGUCCGACACAUGUUCUCAUUAAAUGGCUCGAACUGUUAAGGCCGCGUGUUUUGGGUCUUCGAACAGGUGCAGUCCCGGUGAUGAUUGGUUUACAGUUCGAACCGCCAAAGCAGUCAUUUGUGGCUGUUUUGCAACUUCACAUAGAUAAAUAUAGGCAAGGAACUGUUGAACUAUUUGAGUGGGCAUCUGAUGCCUUAUCAAUUCAACAACGUUCGCUGUUGUGCUGGUCCAUUGUCUCGCUACUUCUACCGAAUCGUGAUGAAUUGCUGCAGUUUAUAAGUCGACUUUUACGACGGGUAUUGGCAACGUGUUCCGCAGAAAAUGUUAUGCGACAAGAUUCCCUUACCACGACGAUGCUAACACAAACGUUGCGUAUAGGUGGUCGAUCACGACUAGAAGAGGCGCUUGAUGCAGUUGGGAUGUCUAAUGUGAAGCUUCUGCAAGUUAGUCGUAAUAUCGUUGGUGAUCGAAGUUUGAUUUUUUACGAUAAAUCUUUGCAGCCGGCGGAUAUGGAUAACGUAAUCGAAAUGCUCGAUAAACUUGUGGCCCCUGAUUCGUUAGUGAACGAUCUACUCGUAACUGUCGCCCGCGUUGCCGCUGAACGAUUUCCUGAUGAACCACAUAUAUUGAGAAGAGUUUUAAGUAACGUAUUCAUUUUGCGCUUCGUCAAUCCGCUAUUAAUAUCUUACAUGAGUGGUGAGCACCAGUCAAACCGAGCUAUCCCGAAAAAUGUUGAGACGCGAUGUUGUGAUUGGAUGGCGAUCAUCUGCCAUCUUCUGCACUAUGCUAUGACCUCACGUGAAGGAGCACCUCAAGUUGAUCCGAUUCUACUACAACUUGUAAAUGCACAUAAAUCUUCAUAUUCCUAG